AUGACCAACAGUUCGAUGCUUGCUAAAACAUGCUUCUUGCUUCCUCCGAGUUUUGAAGAAAUAAUUGAUGGAAAGGGUGAUCGUUCCUCAUCAUGGGUUCGCCUCAAUGUUGGAGGAAAGGUUUUCUGCACUACUAUUGAUACACUUACUCUCCGCGAGCCUGAUUCGAUGCUUGCUGCAAUGUUUAGUGGUCGUCACCCUUUGAACCAUGAAGAGGGGUGUGUUCUUCUAGACAGAGAUGGAGAAUAUUUUGGUUAUAUUCUUAAUUGGUUAAGGGAUGGUGAUGUUCCUGCUGCUUUAGAAGCUCAUCAGUACAGACAACUUCUCAAAGAGGCAGAAUACUUUCAGCUACGUGGUCUGAUAGAUGGAAUAAAGAUUAGUGACUUUACUCGGUUGGAGGUCAUAAAAAGUAUACCAUCGUCAAGAAGGUUUAGAGGUGUUACUCUUUCUGGCAUCGAUCUAUCGAAACUGUACUCGGAAGAUAUGGAUUUCAGUUAUGCUUGUCUCCGAAAUGUAUCGUUCUCGAAAGCGAACCUUGCAAGGGCUAAAUUUCACCAUGCAGAUAUUGAGAGUGGCACAUUUUCUGGUUCACAUAUGCCGGAUGCUAUUUUUACUGAAGCAAAAAUUGUUGGAGUCUCAUUUACUGGUGCGAAUCUUGUACGUGCUAAUUUCCGUGGUGCCAAGCUUUCAGGCGUUGAAGGGUAUCGAGUUCAGUAA